UCCCAAAUCCUAAACUUGGUGGGAGGGGAGACCCUUCACUUUCAUCGCCGCCCAUAAAGCCCCGGCUCCCAUGCUGUUACCGCCGCCGGCGUCUUUGUCUUGGGCGCUUAUUUUGGCGCCUGUAUCGCCUCCAUAUACCGGGGAGGAGAGUGCGGGAGCCGGGAGAGACGGAGGAGACACCGGGCAGGACGGUGCGGGACCCGGGAGAGACGGAGGAGACACCGGGCAGGACGGUGCGGGACCCGGGAGAGACGGAGGAGACACCGGGCAGGACGGUGCCGGAGCAGCCUGCGAGUGGACGCGAUACCUCAGCGCUAACGCAGGGCGCAAGGAAGUCUGAAGCGGGUGUGCAGGAACCAGCCCCUUUGUGAUUGGCGGAGGGGCCUGUUUCGCCUUCUAGGUUUUCCCUGUCUGCAGCGAUGCACGGGAAUACGUCCCGCAACCAGUUUAACCAGGUGUGACUGUGGCUCAGAAUGAGUUGGAGCUUCUUAACCCGUCUCCUCGAAGAGAUCAACAAUCAUUCCACCUUCGUGGGGAAGGUUUGGUUGACGGUUCUCAUCAUUUUCCGGAUCGUCCUGACGGCAGUGGGUGGGGAGUCCAUCUAUUAUGAUGAACAGAGCAAGUUUGUUUGUAACACGCAACAGCCCGGAUGUGAGAAUGUGUGCUACGACGCGUUUGCGCCCUUGUCACAUGUCCGUUUCUGGGUCUUCCAGAUUAUUCUCAUCACCACUCCGUCUAUCAUGUACCUGGGCUUCGCCAUGCAUAAAAUUGCGCGUCGCCCUGACGAGUACCGCAGGCAGCUGGAGAGGGCAGAGUACAAACGCAAAAGAAAGGCACCCAUGGUUCAUCGCGGGGCAAAGCGUGACUACGAAGAAGCGGAGGAUAACAAUGAAGAAGAUCCCAUGAUCUGCGAAGUGCUGGAACCUGAGAAAGAUGCAGAACAGGGAGACCAGAAGAAACACGACGGCCGUCGCCGCAUUAAGCAAGAUGGCCUGAUGAAGGUCUACGUUGUGCAGCUGCUCACCCGCAGUUCCCUAGAAGUUGGGUUUCUCAUGGGGCAGUAUAUAUUGUAUGGUUUUGAGGUGAUCCCAUCUUACGUAUGCACUCGGAGCCCUUGUCCCCACACGGUAGAUUGCUUUGUGUCCCGUCCCACCGAAAAGACCAUAUUCCUGCUGAUCAUGUAUGCCGUCAGCGCCCUGUGCCUUCUGCUCAACCUCUGUGAGCUCUUCCAUUUGGGUGUCGGUGGUAUUCGAGACACUCUCCGGCAGAAGAGCAAAGCGCCUGAGGAAGAGCAAUAUCCUAAAAAGUCUCCCAGCGCGCCUCCCAACUACCACUCAGUGCUGAAAAAGGGAAAGGUGCCAAAUGGCAAGUUGUUGUAUCCCCAGAACGGGGCCUACGAGUUGCCCGUGUCUCAUUCAAACGACCAUGAGCUGGACAGGCUACGCCAGCACCUGAAGAUGGCCCAAGAACACCUCGACUUGGCCUUCCAGCUGAACCCCGCAUCUGACACUGCCCACGCAUCUCGAAGUAGCAGUCCCGAGGCCAACAGCAUAGCUGCCGAACAGAACAGGCUCAACCUUGCUCAGGAGAAAGGGGGAGUCUGCGAGAAGGCUGGUUUGUGAUCUUUGGAAGAUGGGGGUGGGGAAAUGUGAAGCUUGGGGGGGUUGCAGGUCCUAUACUAUGACUGGAAUUGAGUUGCCAUGGGGUCCUAAACCCCCCCCCCCCCCACCUCCUUCCCUCCCACCGGAAACCGCGGAGGGUGAAAAAUAAAAGAACGUGAGCGGAGUUGAUGCUCGCCGCCAUUCUGCCUGCUCAAGCUGCAUCGUUUCUUGGAAAGCUCUUGAAAUCUCAAUUUUCCAUCUUGUCAGGGGGCGGCACCGAGCCGCCAGAUGUGGGAGAAGGUUAACGCCACUGGUUUACACGGGCUGCCACCUCUCGGGACAUGGAAGACUGCAGGUGGUACCUUCCGACUAGUUUUACCCCCCAGUGGUUUCAGUGUGGACGACGGUGGUACUAAUCCCAUUUCAGCUUUCUGUUUAGUGUCAAAGGGAGAAUUAUUUCAUUUUUUUUAUUUUUUCUAUAUAUUUCUUUUAUUUUUUUUUGCGUAAGAACCAAAUAACUUUGGAGGUAAAAACAAAAGGGAAAACUACCGGUACUAUUAUAUAUUUUUUUUUUUUUUUUUUAAGCUGGUUAACUUGGUACUACAGACGGUGGUCCAAUCCCUGGCACACUUCAACCACUGCCAACCCCCUCGUCUGAAGGGACAUUUGCGGACGUUGUCGCUGUUCUAUUUUAUUAUUGUUCAGUUGUUGUGACUGUCGUGGUGUUUUUGUCUCACAGGCUGAUAUUGUACAGACUUCACACAGGGUCUCGUCUGCUGUGCCGACGCUGAAUGCACAAGAUAUUAUGGUCUGGGGGAUUGCAUUAACGGUUCGGGGGAGGGAAAUUUACCCUGAUUUUUGCAUUAUUUUUUUAUCUUGGCAUUAAACAUUCCAGUAAAGGUUCCCCCCCACCCCCAGUCUUGUAGUGGACCUGCCCAGCAGUGCCGCAUAGCUAUUCUAAGGGCUGAGAUGUUCCAUUCCAGUUUACAUUGUUAGAGGGGGGGAGAGAGAAAGACCUCUUCUCGUUAACAUUUAUAUAUUUUUUAUUUUCUUUACUGCUAGAUGGCUUGUAAAAACUCCACCGGUUGCAAAGAGGUGGGAAAACUGCACAUUCCAUUACCAUCUCCUUUGCAAAUACCAAAAGUGUCUUCUUGUGGAAAGCGGAGGGAGGCGGCUGUCCUCUCUGUGUUGGUUAAGGACCUGCACUCCUACUGAGAGGCUGAGCUCCAUUUUGUAGAUUCUUGUGUAGAAUAUAUUUGAAAAUCGCACAAAUGGCAAUCUCUGUGAGUAAUUUCGGUUUAACGAGUCACUCCUGUGGAAAAUGCAGGUUUUACCAGCACUUCCCUGCAGUCUGGGUGCCGGCAGCAGUCGCCAAUAGUUAGGUAAUUGCUAUGUAAGCAAGUUCUCAGUAUAGGGUGCAAUUUAAAGCAGAGUUUGCAAGUUUUUUUUAUUUGCACCUAUCUACGUGCAAGAUAACAAACAAAAAAACUCUGUCAGCGGUGAUGAACACUUGCUUUUUAUUUAAAAAAGAAAAAAAGCGACACGUUUAAAGGGGUUGGCCAACCGUUUAAAAUAGAUGGCCAACCAUAUUGGAUCUGUGAGGGACUGACUCUCGGCGCCCCAAGCACUGCGGCCUCUACAUUUAUUAAUGGCGGCUCAGCCACUUUGUACCACCAGACGCUGUAAUAUUUGUAGCAGCGGUGCAGGAUUUUGCAGCUUCAUCCCAUUUACUUGAAUGGGACAAAGCUGCAGUACCUUGCGCUACCACUACUAAAGGUACGGAGCUAUGAACCAAUAUCGGGACCAAUGAAAACAUUGGAGAAGCUGCAGAGCUCGGGCCCCUCAAACAGCGGUCUUGUUGGAGCCCCACCAACUUAUGCUCUCGCUGAGAGUUGGAGCAAACGGAAGCGCAGGAAGGCGAUCUCUGACGUAUGCUCCCUCCCCACCCCCUAAUAUUGAUGGCC